CACUUGUCUCCACACACUGGCAGUGAAAGGGUAAAAACAGGGCUGCGUGUCUGCUGAAGAGGCUGCUCUGACAACACUUGUCUUUUGUCGUGUGACGCCUAACAAGGUUGUCUGCAGGGUCGUGCACAGUUUUCACACCUCUUGGUACUGCAAACAGUAAAUACCGAUCAAAAUGAAGAGAAGGGACACGCCUCUUUUUAAGCAGCAGUCUACACCUUGCCUUGGGAAAGACAUGCCGCGGCUUUUCCCAAAAAUGUCGAUGGCAGAGGUGGAUGAGAAGGUGCGGCUGCUAGCAGAGAAGGUUUACGCCUGCGCCCUGAAGGAGGAAGACAACAAGGAUGCUCUGGCUCUGUUCACCGUGCCUGAGGACUGUCCCAUCGGCCUGCACGAGGACAGGGAGCGGGCGCUGAAGAAGGAGCUGGCUGAGCAGCAGUCUGAGGAGACCACUAAACGGAAGAAGACUUUCAGGUUGAAGCGUUCGCAGUCGGUGUCUUUACAGAUACCCACCUGUUCUACUGACUGGGCCGUGCCUGUGAUUACCCCGCUGUUCAGUCCGACCGCACCUGAACCGUCACUACCUGAGUCUUUUCCAGAGUUUCAGAGAGUUACCAUCAGUGGAGACUACUGUGCAGGGAUUACAGUUGAGGAUUAUGAGCAGGCAGCCCAUAGUCUCCUGAAAGCUCUGUUCAUCAGAGAGAAGUACUCCAAACUGGCCUACCACCGCUUCCCCAGGACAGCCGCCCGCUUUCUCAGAAGCGCCGAAAAUGAUAAGUGGAGAGAGGAGGAUGAGGUCUUGCCAGACGUCUGGCCUGUCCCUCAUGAGGGGGAGGACCCAUACUCCAUGGAGGGUAUUCCCGAGGACCUGAACUACGAGAUGAAGAUGAAGGACGGCAUAGUCCACGUUUACGACAAUGCUGAGGCCCUGAAACAAGAGCAGCCCCACAGCCUCCCUUAUCCAGACCUAGAGACCUUUGCCAUAGACCUGAGUCACGUCCUCGCCAUGAUAGCUGAUGGCCCGACGAAAACCUACUGUCACAGGAGGUUGAAUUUCUUGGCCUCUAAAUUCUACCUUCACGAAAUGAUGAAUGAAAUGGCGGAGCUAAAGGAGCUGAAAUGCGUUCCACACAGAGACUUCUACAACGUCAGAAAGGUGGACACACAUAUACACGCUGCUGCUUGCAUGAACCAGAAGCAUCUGCUGAAAUUUAUUAAGACCACAUACCAGACGGAGGAAGACCGUGUGGUGCUGGAGAAGGGCUGCCAGAAGGUUACGCUCAAGCAAGUCUUCAACAACCUCAACAUGGACCCUUAUGACCUCACAGUGGACUCGUUGGACGUGCACGCUGGAAGACAAACAUUUCAUCGGUUUGACAAGUUCAACUCCAAAUACAACCCCGUGGGGGCCAGCGAGCUGCGGGAGAUUUACUUGAAAUCAGACAACUUCAUCAAAGGAGAGUACUUCGCACGUAUCAUCAAGGAAGUGGCGACGGAGCUGGAGGAGAGCAAGUACCAACACGCCGAACCACGUCUGUCAAUUUACGGACGCUCUGCCAGCGAGUGGGAUGGCCUCGCAAACUGGUUCAUCCAGCAUAAGGUCCACUCACCCAACCUGAGAUGGAUGAUCCAAGUUCCCAGAAUAUAUGACAUUUUCAUGGCAAAGAAACUCGUACCCAACUUCGCCAAGAUGCUGGAGAACAUCUUCCUCCCUCUCUUCGAGGCUACAGUCAACCCGCAAAAGCACAAAACGCUACAUGUGUUCUUAAAAUACGUGACGGGAUUUGACAGCGUGGAUGAUGAGUCCAAACACAGCAACCACAUGUUCUCUUACAAAAGCCCCAAACCGGAGGAGUGGAUCACAGAUGAUAAUCCUCCCUACACCUACUACCUGUUCUACAUGUAUGCUAACAUUAUGGUGCUCAACAACCUGCGCAAGGAGCGAGGACUCAACACCUUCCAGUUUCGUCCCCACUGCGGCGAGGCGGGCUCCAUCACCCACCUGGUCUCCGCCUUCCUCACGGCAGACAACAUCUCCCACGGCCUCAACCUCAAGAAGAGUCCAGUGUUGCAGUACCUGUACUACCUGGCCCAGGUCCCCAUCGCCAUGUCUCCGCUCAGCAACAACAGCUUGUUCCUGCAGUACUCUAAGAACCCCCUCAGAGAGUUUCUUCAGAAAGGCCUGUGUGUGUCGCUGUCCACCGACGACCCCAUGCAGUUCCACUACACCAAGGAAGCUCUGAUGGAGGAGUACGCCAUCGCAGCCCAGCUGUGGAAGCUGAGCACCUGUGAUGUGUGUGAGAUAGCAAGAAACAGCGUGCUGCAGAGCGGCCUCUCACAUCAGGAGAAGAAACACUUCAUCGGCCCCAAUUACCUGGAAGACGGACCGGACGGCAACGACAUCCGGCGGACAAACGUGGCACAGAUCCGCAUGGCCUACCGCCACGAGACGCUGUGCAACGAGCUCAGUUUUCUGGUGGACGCCAUCAAAGCUGACGCUGACUCUACCAUCCCUGAGUGAUUCAGCACACUAGGAGGAACUGAGGAGAAAAAAAGUGAUUGUUAGAUGGCAUGUGUUAGUUUUUGUUGUUGUUUUUUUACAUGAUUUUGACCUACAUUUAAUGCUGUACUGGCUGUCUUUGGCCAUCACUGUGUGCCUCGUUUUUAUUUGGAAUAGAGGUUAGAUGUUUUCCAUUGACAGGUGUGAAGUGUACUUGAUGAUUCACACAUAAGUAAGAGAGGACAUGAUAAGCCACAAAUCCUAAUUUAGACGCAUUUAGAAGCAGAAAAGAAAACUGUUUACACUGAUAUAAACCUCUCUUAUAGCUGUAAAGUCACCACUGCUUUGUAUUUUCUUUGUCACAUAACAUAUAUGCAUGUUUCAAAUGACUUACAGGUCAGAUGUGCCUUUUACAAAGUCUGAAUGAAGUCAAUUGAAUGAGAGCCAAAGAAAUAUUUGGGAGACAGGUGCAAGCAAGUGUGUGACACAAACUUCCAGUUCCAGCUGGUUUUCUGAGAUCUAAAGUUUUAUAGACACGUGUGGAAACGUCCAAAUGUUAAACUACCUGAUUAAAAUGAAUGUCUUUUUAAAAAAAAUGUUUUUUAUUUCUUCAUCUAGUUUUUUUUUUUUCACAUGUAAAUAAAGACUACAGACCA